UUUUUUUUUUUUUUUCAAAUUGAAUAUGACUUAUCAACUUCAAAUUUUUUUGAUAAUUUUUGUUUAAUUUGUCAUUAUUUGUACGUAGUUAAUCAUAUUGGUAUAUUUAGACUAAACAACCUUUGAUUGAUCUUGAUAUCACUAAAUGCUAUAAAUGGUAAUCACUUUGGUAUACACCCGAUGAUAUUAUGAAAUGUAUUUUGUAGGUUGGUUUUGAUCAAAUAUGUAGAUAUUCAUUGACAAAAUGCUAGAAAUGGUUAUGUAGUUUUCUAUUUUUAUUACAUUAAGUGUGUUUGGGGUUCAAGACAAUAUGGAAAUAACCUAAUCCGCAAACUCCCAUGUACACAUCUUGAGUAGUAACAACCAUAACCAUGAAUAAGAAGAUACGAUAGUUUUUAUGAAAGCUUUCAAGGGUUCCCAAUGGCAUAUACACAACGACCAUCUCUUCUCCUUCAUUACAAUAACCCAAAAACGAUGCUAAAUUACAUUGCCUCAGCCUAAUAAGCGAUUCAACUUCGGUCUAAAUUUCGGAAGCUCCUUGACACAAAUUAACAUGUAACUGCUUCAUGGCGGCAAUGACAUCGGUUGACCUUCUCAAACCCACCACGACCAAUGACUAGUGACUUUUGUAUCGUUUGCCUCUUUUGAAAUCUAAAAAUAUAAUAUAUUUAUAAUUUAUAAUUUCAACAAGAAUAUCAAUGUUAUGAAUAUUAUGGAACAGAAAUGGGACUUAUCACCGACGCAUGUCGAUUUUCCGAUACAUCAUCGGAAAGGCUGGAAUGUUGCUAUCAGAUUUAUGGCAAAAGGUGCCUCGGUUUGUGUUAUAUUUCUUUUCUUCAGAUGCUAUGAUCUUUUCAAUUUCUAUCCCUUUUUUAGCGGCAUUUGGUAGUUGGUCAAGUGCUUUUGAAGAAACAUUUGUGGAAAAUGAGAUGUGAGAUGUUUUUAUCAGAUUUUUUUUCCUAGAGUUGAAGUGCUUGCAAAGUAUUUAAUAAAAUGUGUCAAUGAAAUUCUAGCGAUGGUUAUUGGUUAGAUACAGAUAUAAGUCGUUUAAUUAUCAUCAAAUCAUGAGGGAUAUAUCCUUGUAUAUUUAUAUAUGUAUAAAUAAUACAAACAACUAUUGUGAACAAGCCUUUUGGAGACUUUGAAUGUAAGAUACCUUCAAACGACAAUUAAAACUUCUCUUCUAAUCAAACCUUAGACACCUCAACCAUCAGUUGGUAGGCUUACCCAUACACACACACACACACUUACUCACACAUCCCCUUCAAAACCCCCCAUUAUUCUUCCCCAUCUCAUUCACACACACAUUCUUUGUUUCUUUCUUGGGUACUGCCAUGGCUGCCCUCUUUACAGGCUCCCAUGGCCACCAUGACCUUCCAGAUCCCGAUACACACUCCAACAUAUGCCGUGUGUGCGGAGACGAGAUUGGCCAACUGUUUGUUGCUUGUCGCGAAUGCAGGUUCCCAGUGUGUCGCCCUUGUUACAUUUAUGAGCGAAGUGAAGGGAACCAAUGUUGCCCUCAAUGCAACCUUCGCUAUAAACGUCACAAAGGUUGUCCACGGGUCGUUGGAGAUGAUGAAGAAAGUGAUGAUGGAGAUGAUUUUGAUGAGGAGUUUCAGACCAAGGAUCAUCAGGAAACCCGAGAUCAUAAUCGUGUUGAUAAAUCAUCGGAAAAUGGCGACUCUCAUCCUCCGAAACAAUACAAUACCAACGGCUUUGCUUUCUCCUCUGCCGGAAGCGUUGCCGGAAAGGAUCUUGAUCGUGAUCGAGAUGAUGAAUGGAAAGAUCGAGUAGAGAAAUGGAAAACCCGGCAAGAAAAGAGAGGCCUAGUAACAAAAGCUGACGAUGGUAACGAUCCCGGUGAAGAAGAUGACUAUCUUAUGGCUGAAGCUCGACAACCCUUAUGGCGAAAAGUCCCGAUCUCAUCGAGCUUAAUCAAUCCAUACCGUAUAGUCAUCAUCUUACGUCUGGUGAUUCUCAUCUUUUUCUUCCGUUUCCGAAUCAUGACACCUGCAUAUGAUGCUUACCCUCUAUGGCUCAUCUCAGUCAUAUGUGAAAUCUGGUUUGCUUUAUCAUGGAUACUCGAUCAGUUCCCAAAAUGGUUCCCAAUCAACCGUGAAACCUACCUGGAUCGCCUCUCGUUGAGGUUUGAGCGCGAGGGUGAACCCAGUGGGCUCUUGCCGGUUGAUUUCUUUGUGAGUUCGGUUGACCCGCUUAAGGAACCACCCAUCAUCACUGCAAAUACGGUUCUAUCGAUAUUGUCAGUUGAUUAUCCAACUGAGAAAGUGAGUUGUUAUGUAUCGGAUGAUGGUGCUUCUAUGUUGCUUUUUGAUACGUUAUCGGAGACCGCAGAGUUUGCCAGAAGAUGGGUCCCGUUUGCCAAAAAGUAUAGCAUUGAGCCUAGGGCGCCGGAGUUUUAUUUCUCAGAGAAGAUUGAUUACUUGAAGGAUAAAGUGCAGCCUACCUUCGUUAAGGAUCGUAGAGCCAUGAAAAGAGAAUACGAGGAGUUUAAGGUGCGAAUCAAUGCACUUGUCGCAAAAGCUCUGAAAAAACCAGAAGAAGGCUGGGUGAUGCAAGACGGGACGCCAUGGCCUGGGAAUGAUAGUCGUGAUCAUCCCGGGAUGAUUCAGGUUUAUCUCGGAAGCGGAGGUGCGCUUGAUGUAGAAGGGAAAGAGUUGCCGAAAUUAGUUUAUGUUUCCCGUGAAAAGCGACCUGGUUAUAAUCAUCACAAGAAGGCUGGAGCCAUGAAUGCCCUCAUUCGAGUUUCUGCCGUGCUUACAAAUGCGCCGUUCAUGCUGAAUCUGGAUUGUGAUCACUACAUCAACAACAGCAAAGCUGUAAGGGAAGCAAUGUGCUUCUUAAUGGAUCCACAGCUCGGUAAGAAGCUCUGUUACGUUCAAUUCCCGCAACGAUUCGACGGAAUUGAUCGCCACGAUCGAUACGCCAAUCGCAACGUCGUCUUCUUCGAUAUCAACAUGAGAGGACUUGACGGAAUACAAGGCCCGGUGUAUGUCGGCACAGGAUGUGUAUUCAACCGCCAGGCAUUAUACGGGUACGACCCUCCGGUAUCGGAAAAGCGACAGAAGAUGACCUGCGAUUGCUGGCCUUCGUGGUGCUGCUGCUGUUGCGGUGGUUCGAGGAAGAAGUCAAAGGAUAAAUCAUCAAAAAAGAAAGGGCUGAAAGCUUUAUUUGGGUUGGGAAAACUUCGUGGCAAGAAGAAGUAUUCUAAGAAAUCGUUGGCACCCGUUUAUGAUCUUGAGGGUAUCGAAGAAGGGCUUGAGGGUUACGACGAGUUGGAAAAAUCGUCGUUAAUGUCACAGAAGAAUUUCGAGAAACGAUUUGGGCAAUCUCCAGUUUUCAUCACUACAACUCUAAUGGAAACCGGAGGAAUUCCUGAAGGAACUAACAGCAAUUCUUUGAUCAAAGAAGCCAUUCAUGUCAUAAGCUGUGGAUAUGAAGAGAAGACGGAAUGGGGCAAAGAGAUCGGAUGGAUUUACGGAUCGGUGACGGAAGAUAUCUUAACGGGAUUCAAGAUGCAUUGUAGAGGAUGGAAAUCGGUGUACUGUAUGCCGAAGAGGCCGGCGUUCAAGGGGUCUGCGCCGAUCAAUUUGUCUGAUCGUUUGCACCAGGUGCUCCGGUGGGCUCUUGGUUCGGUUGAGAUCUUCCUGAGCCGGCAUUGCCCGCUCUGGUACGCAUGGGCAGGGAAGCUGAAAACACUGGAGAGGCUUGCUUACAUCAACACCAUCGUUUACCCUUUCACUUCCAUCCCGUUGCUUGCAUAUUGUACGCUUCCUGCCGUCUGUCUUCUCACCGGAAAGUUCAUCAUCCCCACGCUCAACAAUCUUGCAAGUGUAUGGUUUCUUGCCCUUUUUCUUUCGAUCAUAGUGACGGGUGUACUCGAACUCCGGUGGAGUCAUGUUAGCAUCCAAGAUUGGUGGAGGAAUGAACAGUUUUGGGUGAUCGGUGGUGUCUCUGCACAUCUUUUCGCAGUUUUCCAAGGCCUCCUCAAGGUUCUUGGUGGAGUUGAUACCAAUUUUACAGUCACAUCAAAAUCAGCCGAUGAUGCUGAGUUUGGGGAGUUGUACUUAUUCAAAUGGACAACACUUCUGAUACCACCAACGACUCUAAUCAUCAUGAACAUGGUCGGAGUCGUGGCUGGAGUAUCAGAUGCAAUCAACAACGGGUAUGGAUCAUGGGGCCCGUUGUUUGGUAAACUGUUUUUCUCGUUUUGGGUCAUUGUCCAUCUAUAUCCUUUCCUAAAGGGUUUGAUGGGCAGGCAAAACCGGACUCCAACCAUUGUCGUUUUAUGGUCGAUUCUUCUGGCUUCAAUCUUCUCGUUGGUUUGGGUUCGGAUCGACCCGUUUUUGCCCAAACAAACGGGUCCAAUUCUUAAACAAUGUGGAGUGGAAUGCUAGACCAACCAUGGUUACAAGUUUGGUGGAGUUUUUUGAGCAAAUAUUAUGUAAAUUUUGCAAACAUUUGGAUACAUGAAACACAACGUCUAUUUGAAUUUGAGUAUACAUUUAUAUUGAAUAUAAAUAUGUUUUGUUUUUUUU